AUGUUCACCAAACGCUUGCAAGGCGCUCCUAAGGAGAUCUUGAAUUGGAGGCUAUGGUAUAUGGUCUUUGCCUUCGGCCUCAUGGGCGCCUCUCGUGGCAUCGAUGAGGGUCUCACAGGCACGACAGCCUCGCUGCCGAGUUUCUCCCGCCUCUUCAAGUUGAAGGACCCGUCAAAGACAGAGCAACAGCAGGCAGAUGAAUUGUCAAACAUCACAUCUAUGGUGCAGAUGGGCUCAAUCCUCGGAGCCUUAGUAGGCUUCUAUCUGACUGAUAAGCUCGGGCGACUCUGGGCUACCAGAGAGCUUUGCAUUGUUUGGAUUGUCGGAAUCGCGAUGUACCUCAGCUCCGCUGCCAACGGAAGCUUGGGUUUGCUCUAUGCUGGGCGUUUCAUUGCUGGCAUUGGUAUUGGCCAAACGGUCGUGGUCGGUCCUACCUAUCUGGCAGAGAUUGCACCUCGCUAUUUCCGUGGACUCUGUGUUUGCUUCUUCUCCGGCUCCGUAUACUUUGGCACAAUGCUUGCCUACUUCGCCGCGUACGGCUCCAGCAUUCACAUCAGCGGCAACACGCAGCUGCAGUGGGUCGUGCCAACACUUCUCCAUAUCUACGUCGCCGUCACGAUCAUCAUCCUCUCCUUCGGCUGUGUCGAAAGCCCACGUUGGCUGCUCAAAGUCGGCAAGCCCGAAAAGGCCGCCAUUUGCCUGUCCAAGAUUCGACAUCUACCUGUCGAUCAUCCCUUCCUCUUGGAUGAGCUACGAGGCGUCACAGAAGAGCUCGAACGUGAAAGAGAGGCGACCAUGGGAACUACGUGGUUUGCUCCUUUGCGAGAACUUGUGAUGAUCCCCGCGAAUCGCUACCGACUUAUGCUCUCGGUCAUGACACAGCUGUUCAGUCAAUGGAGUGGAGCGAACAGCAUCACCAUCUACGCCGUCGAGUACUUCGAUAUGGUCGGCAUCUCUGGCUCGCAGGAGAAGCUCUUCGCCACCGCGAUCUUCGGCCUCGUCAAGUUCAUCUCUGCGACUGGGUGUGCUUUCUUCCUGAUCGACUUCAUCGGGCGAAAACGUUCGUUGCUUUUCGGCGCCUCGCUACAGUUCAUUGCCAUGCUCUACAUGGCGAUCUUCUUGACCAUUGAUUCGUCUGCUGGGGAUGAGGGGGCAGUGCAGAGCGCGAGUGACAAGCAUGCUGCCACGGGAGCUAUCGUCAUGAUCUACCUUUCAGGCUUCGGCUUCGCCCUCGGAUGGAACUCGUGCCAGUACCUCGUCAACGCCGAGAUCUAUCCUCUGCGCCUGCGAGCAAUCGGCGCUUCUUUUGCCAUGACCUUCCACUUCGUCAACCAAUACGGCAACUCAAAGGCCGUUCCGUCCAUGUUCCUUGCUCUGUCGAAUAACGGCACGAUGUUCUUCUUCGCCGCUGUCAUCAUCUUAGGUAUGGCCUGGGCAUGGUUCUUCUUGCCAGAAUUGGCCGGCAUGUCACUCGAGUCCAUCAAUGCGGUGUUUGACCUGCCAUGGUGGCAGAUUGGACGUCGUGGAAGGAAGUUUGCUGAAGAGUUGGAAGAGGAGAGACGUGAAGAGAGGGACGAGAAGGGGGCUGUGGUUACUGUGGAGAGGAUUGAGAAGGAUUGA